AUGGAGAAGUUCUACACUCCACUGCAAACACCGUCAGCCAGAUCAAGGCGAAAGGCAAUUUCUCCAAUUGUACAAACUCCACAAGCGAGUGCAAACUGUUCGUCCCCAUACAAUAUGGUGAAUCUUGACAUGGAUGAGAGCAAACUUAAAGAACGUAUUCUGGAGCAGGACAAUAUGAUCAGAGAUUUGCAGAAGACUAUUAAGGAAGAUGAUCUUAGACGACGACUUAUUGAGAUUGAAGAACUUGAACAUAAAUUGAAAAAUGCAAACGAUGCUACAAACGUAUUACAAGAAAAGCUUGUUGAUAAGGACCAAUCAAUCACGCAGCUUGGAUCGGAAGUUAGUUCGGCAAAAUUCGAGAUUUCUACACUGCAGACUAGACUAAACAAGUCUCGACAAGAUGUUGAAGAAGCACGUAAACGGAACAAGCAACUUUCGUUGGAGAUUGCAUCACUUAAGGUGGCUUUAUCUGAGAGCAAGGAAGAACUACGCCGUAAUCUCGAAGACGUAAAAGAUCAAAAAGAAAAUAUGACCAAAAGAGAAAUCGAGCUGAGGCGGAGUCUGGAAUCGAACUUUGUAAGCAAUAACAUAUCAACAUCUCACAAUCUGCUCAACGCAUUUCAAUCACUUUCAUCUCAACUGGUUAACAUGCAGAAAACCCAGCUCACCACCGAGGUGAUUACCGCAACUUUUCAUUUCUGUCGACAUCUAACUGACAAAAUUCCAUAG